CCGAGCAGCAGCAGCUCCCUCAGACCGUCGCUGCGGUCCCUCACAGCGGACACACAUCCACAUCAUCCCCGCGUCCUCGGCUUCUGCUGUGCGGCUCCGAGCUGGAGGCUGAACGGUCCGGAGAGGGCUACGGCGGUGCGGCCAUCUGCGGACAUGAGGACACCUGAUACGGCGGCUUCUUGCGAAAGGCGGACCGGGAACCGUGUCGAUUUUCACCGUGCAAAAGAAUCGUCAUGACCCUUUUCCUGCAGACCAGCCACUCUUUGUCUGAGGGACCUUGGCUCGUUUUGGUUUCUGGACUUAUCAACGCAGGGAUGAGAUAAUAAAGUCAACCAGCUGGUACAUGCUGCUACAACAAUUCUUGCAGCACUUGUAAACCCACCCCACCCUGCCUCCAGCCCCUCCCUGACGGAAAUUAAUCUCAACGGUCGAAACAUGACAACACCGGCUCUCCUGCCGCUGUCGGGCCGCAGGAUACCCACUCUGUCGCCGGGUGCCUCCUCCUUUCCGCACCACCGAGCUACGCUGAGGCUCUCCGAGAAGUUCAUCCUCCUCCUCAUUCUCAGUGCCUUCAUCACCCUAUGUUUCGGGGCCUUCUUCUUCCUCCCGGACAAUUCCAAACACAAGCGCUUCGACCUGGGCUUGGAGGAUGUGCUCAUCCCUCAUAUUGACUCGCCUAAAGAGGGGAAGCAUGUGUCUGGACAGGUGGUCAUACAUGGACAGGGAGGACAUGACGAGCACAGGCAUAGGGAGGAGGAGGCGAGCCUGCGGGACAAGAUACGGGCAGACCACGAGCGAGCGCUGCAGGAGGCAAAGGAGAAGCUAAGGAAGUCACGUGAGGAGCUGAAGGCUGAGAUCCAGACAGAAAAAAACAAAGUGAUGGAGGACCUGAAAAAGAAGGAUCAAGGGCCUAAACCUUUGCCACCUGUCCCGAUGCCAAAAGUGGUGGGUGUCAGUGACGGAGAACCACCCGAGCCUGACGUCAAAGAGAAACGAGACAAGAUCAGAGAGAUGAUGAAACAUGCGUGGGACAGCUACAGACAGUACGGCUGGGGUCAUAACGAGCUGAAGCCACUCGCCAAGAAGGGACAUUCCACUAAUAUCUUUGGUAAUUCCCAACUAGGGGCCACCAUUGUGGAUGCCUUAGACACUCUGUACAUCAUGGGUCUGCACGAUGAGUUCAAGGAUGGACAGGAGUGGAUUGAACAGAACCUUGACUUUGGUGUGAAUUCUGAGGUCUCAGUGUUUGAGGUCAACAUUCGUUUCAUAGGAGGACUGCUGGCCGCCUACUACCUCUCUGGACAGGAAGUUUUCAAGCUGAAGGCGGUCCACUUAGCUGAGAAGCUGCUCCCUGCCUUUAACACUCCCACAGGAAUCCCCUGGGCCAUGGUCAACCUGAAGAGUGGCGUUGGUCGUAACUGGGGUUGGGCGUCAGCAGGAAGCAGCAUCCUGGCUGAGUUUGGGACUCUUCAUAUGGAGUUUGUUCACCUCACGUAUCUGACAGGGAACCCGGCCUACUACCAGAAGGUGAUGCACAUUCGGAAGCUGCUCGCCAAAAUGGAUCGACCCAACGGGCUCUACCCCAACUACCUGAACCCCCGUACGGGCCGCUGGGGUCAACAUCACACCUCAGUUGGAGGACUUGGGGACAGUUUUUACGAAUACCUGCUGAAGGCGUGGCUCAUGUCAGACAAGACGGAUACAGAAGCCCGCAAGACUUAUGAUGAUGCCAUCGAGGCCAUUGAACGCCACCUGAUACGCAAAUCCAACGGCGGUCUGACAUUCAUUGGUGAGUGGAAGAACGGCCACCUGGAGAGAAAGAUGGGCCACCUGGCGUGCUUCGCCGGCGGCAUGUUUGCGUUGGGCGCUGAUGGUUCACCCGACGACAAGGCCGGGCACUACCUGCAGCUGGGAGCCGAGAUCGCACACACCUGCCACGAGUCCUACGACAGGACGGUGCUGAAGCUCGGCCCGGAGGCCUUUAAGUUUGACAGCGGGCUGGAGGCGGUGGCAGUGCGGCAGAAUGAGAAGUACUACAUUCUGCGACCAGAGGUCAUUGAGACCUACUGGUACAUGUGGCGGUUCACCCACGAUCCUAAAUACCGGCAGUGGGGCUGGGAGGCAGCACAGGCCAUUGAUAAGUACUGCAGGGUGAGCGGCGGUUUCUCGGGAGUGAAGGACGUCUACUCCUCCAACCCGACCUACGACGACGUGCAGCAGAGCUUCUUCCUCGCAGAGACGCUCAAGUACCUGUACCUGUUGUUCUCCAGCGACGACCUGAUGCCGCUGGAAAGCUGGGUCUUCAACACGGAGGCUCACCCGCUUCCUGUUCUCCACCUGGGCAACAUCACGCUGCCCGGCAGCGAGCCGGCUCAGCAGUAGAUGGACAGACCGAUCUCCCUUCGCCAACGGCACCAGGGGGCGCCACAUGUCUGCCCGCCUGCCCCAAAAAAACAAAAAACGAAAAAAAUCACCCACCAACACUGGACAAACUUACAUUCUGAUCUACAGACUCUCAACUGCGUUCGGACUGCAGACAUCGACAGGAGACGGAGCGAUAGCCUCCAGCACAGAAGAGAGGUUCUGAGGUUCUCCCACAGAAGAAGAGAGGUUCUCUUCUUCUGUCUUUAAAUCUUUGACUUUUUCUCUCCAUCGCUCUGUCUUCUCUGCUCAGAAGGACGGUGGGUGCGCUGCUCAGCCUCAAGUUUGGCUUGAACAAAACUCUUUUCUCUGAAGGACCGAGCUCCAAAGCUGGUGGCUUGACUUAGUUUUUUGUUAUCAUUUUUUGUGUUUAAUUUGACCAAACUUUGCUCCUGCACAGACUGGAGGCACUGCGAGUGCUCUGUGGGGUUUUGUGAAGGACAAUGCAGUCACUUUGACACUGGGCCUGAUGGAGCUGUCACUUUUCCACACAGACAGACUUGAGGACUUUACAGGGUCUGUUAAUAAAGUGUGAUAUAUUUUUGGGGGGGGUGGAAAAAUCCUGAAUGGGGACACAGGGUUGAAUCAAAGCCCUCCGUUUCUCCUGACCCGACCCACUCCCGGUGUGAUGGUCAUCAGAUGAACUUUGACCCGGAACUGUCAGCAGCUCGUCACUUCCUCGGUGUCAGAGCGGGUUUUGGCAAAUCUCCCCACCUCCUCAGAUCCUUGUAUUUUCAGCAAAGCGGACCAGAAACAGCAGCAGGCCUCCCUCCAUCUUCACCACUUCUCAACACCUUUCCCGUUUUCUCCUACACUUUCUCCUCCAGUUGGACACAUCACCCCUAAACCAUUCUGCUGCUACUCGAUUGGAUGCUGCUUUUUUUAUCUCUCACAUUUUUUUUAUCAAACCAUCUUUAUUUCAGCACUUCUCUCAUCUCUCCUGUCUGAUUCUUUCCCACCUUUUCAUAAAUCACAUCACAUCAUUUUCACACCAUUCAAGGCUUGAACCCGACCAUGCUUCCAUAGGAGUGUGUGUGUGUGUGUGUGUGUGUAAGAGUGUGUGUGGUGGUUAAAAUAACCCUUACUGUAAAUCAAAAGUUUGUGCACUUUGUAUGGGAAGAGGAGUGUGGAGGUGUAGCACUGGAAGAGCUGAAUUAACGAAGAUGGCCAAUUCCACAAAAUACUCCUUUCGACCUUGUAUCACUGCUCUGCCACCAAAACUGAAGGCUUCAUUAACCCACUGCGCUGUUAAAAAUCCACAAUCCUACUUUCAUUUUCUCUUCUCUCGUCUCCUUCCUCUUAAUCUCUGUGUCACUUCUCCACCAGAAGAAGAUUUAGAACUUUCAGGCCUUUAGUCUCAGGGUUUCACACAUUCUUCUGGAAAGUCUGGCAAAGAAUGAAACCGUAUCUCAUAUCACUGAAAUUGGAAGUUUGAAUCGAUUUUAAAUCAUAGUGGAAAAUACUUUUUUUCAUUUUCAGAGAACUAUUCACCUGUGAACCUGCCCCGGGAUCUGACCCCGUUCAUCACAUUGUCCAACAACUAAAUGAAUCAUAUCAUCCAAAACACUUAGAGCAUUAAAACUAUAAAGUAACUGUGGUCGGAGAAAAACAUAGAGUUUCUGGCGUAGGCUGUAAAUAAACAUGGACGACACGUCCCCACUUCCACCCUCUGUACAAAAAUGAAGCUAAUAGAUCCCAGACUUGGGCUCCGCCAUCUUUCUCCCUUAACGUCACAUGCACUCGACCAAUCACAGGUCAGGUCUCAGCUGUCAAUCAUGAUGCUCCACCCCAUUUUUUUUUUUUUUUUUGCAGCUAUAACAAAUACUAAUGUUCACAUGGAGGAGGCAUUAUCAGCCACCAGAGGGCAAUACAGAUUUUUUUGGAGUUUCACUUUUUGUUGUCCCUCUUUAAACACAGGCUUUGGGUUUUACCAUGAUUUGAUACCAUUGUUAAGAAUAAUAUAUUACUAACGUUAUAAAAAUACAGUGAGCUUAAUGAUGGGCUCAGUACACUUGUGAUAUGAACGUUUGUGUUUGUGUGUGUUCAUGACAGAGAGACUGACUGUGUGUUAAAAAUGUGAUUUUUUUUCUAUGAGUUUGUCACCAGAUUGUUUGACAUGAAUCUCGUUUCCAAAAUGCGCUGAACCAGGAAGGUUUAUAUCUGGUUUCCUUCUCGAGCCUUAUUUGCAUUUGUGAUCUCUUGGGUGACACUGUGCUCUUUAUUUGCGGUGUGUUUUUACGAUGUGUUGCGAUAUAAAACUCCUGUCAUUGUUUUUAAUUGCACAAAUUCCCUGUGGUGUGCACAUGGAUUGAAAAUGUUGUCAGAGCUCUAUUCAUGUUGACAGCAGACGAGACAAAAACAACAAGAUGACAGUUCAAAGUAUCAAAUGAUCACUCCCCAAAAAUUUAAUUAAGAAACCCAGACACUCCUACAUACCGAAUGGAAUUUUCUGACACUCACCCUCUGUGUGCAGCUGUUUGUUUGUUGAUAAAGGCGAUCUGUGUGAUCCAGCACCACAGACCAACAGCUCCCACUGUGCUCACAAAUCCGAUUAUAGCUGCAGGAGACCAUCGUCACGUUUGACAGCCGAGUAGGACACAGAUUAUCAUGAUAACACAAUGUAAUAUUGAGAAGUCAUACAAUACGAAAGUAAAAGUUAAAAUCCGAAGCACAACAUGUUAUCAGGAACACGUUUAAACAUUUUCAGCUGUGAUCAGAAAGAUUUAGGACCUGAUAUGUGAAAUGUCUGCAGCAGUAAGGGAGUCAAACUAACUUUUAAGCCAGUUUUUGUAUCACAGUCUGAUCACUUACUAUCUUUGUUAACUUGGCUUUGACCAAGAGUCUGAGAUCAGUUGUAUCAAUCUGCCUUUUUUCUUCCGUUUUAAAUCAAUGAUGUGACACAAAAGGCAUCUGCAGUUUUUUUUGUUUUCUUUUAAGGAAUCUUAUAAAGUGUACGCUCACGAUUCUUUGCUGCCAAGUUCUUCAUUUCUCUCCCUCAUCAUUCAUCCAACAUCAUCUCCAUCCUCCUCUUUCAGCUGAUCUCCAGUCGUCAGUAACAUUUCAGUUUUGGUUCUCCCCCCCCCCUAACACGGUCUCUGACAUCACGCUGACCUCAUCACCUCCUUUAUUCCCAAAAGGAGGCAGCCCAAGGAGAAACCCUUGGGCGGCCAUCGAGUCGCAGGGAGCGACGUUGCUUUUGAAAAUUGAGUGUUCUGUAUUUGUAUUUUUACUGAACUAAAAAAAAAUCAAAUUAAAGUAUCUGUAAAUAAGUUUAAAACUGAGACACAAAGUCAAUAAAGAUGUUAUGAAAAUUGA